AUGGCUUAUGCUCUCCUGGCCAAACUGCCCGCGGAAUAUGGUCUAUACACCAGCUUCGUCGGUUUCAUCUUGUACUGGGCUUUCGCAACCUCCAAGGACAUCACAAUUGGAACCGUGGCUGUCAUGUCCACCAUUGUCGGCAACAUCGUCAUCAAAGUGCAAAAGACACAUCCUAAACUUGAGGCUCCGGACAUUGCCCGCGCCUUAUCCGUCAUCGCUGGUGCAGUCCUCUUAUUCAUUGGCCUGACUCGCCUCGGUCGCAUCGUUGAACUCAUCCCGCUGGUCGCUAUUACGUCUUUCAUGACAGGUGCUGCAAUCAGCAUCGGUGCUGGUCAGGUUCCUGCGCUGAUGGGUAUUUCUGGUGUGAACAAUCGCGGACCAACAUACCUCGUAAUCAUCGACACGCUCAAGGGCCUUCCACGAACUAAGCUGGAUGCCGCCAUGGGACUUUCGGCGUUGUUUCUGCUCUAUGCCAUUCGCAUUUUCUGCUCGUGGAUGACAAAGAAGCAACCAUCCAAGAAGAAGCUUUGGUUUUUCCUCAGCACCUUGCGCAUGGCCUUCGUGAUCCUUCUCUACAUAUUGAUCAGCUGGCUCGUAAACCGAAACAUAAAGGUCCUCCAUGCUGCGAAACCCAACAUGAACAAGGCCAAGUUCAAGAUUCUUGGAAAGGUUCCUCGCGGCUUCCAACACGCUGGAGCGCCCAAAAUGAACACCGAGCUGCUCUCCGCGAUCGCGCCCGACAUUCCCGUAACGAUCAUCGUACUGAUUCUGGAACACAUCGCCAUUUCCAAGUCCUUUGGCCGCAUCAACAACUACGUGAUCAACCCGUCUCAAGAACUGGUGGCUGUCGGCUUUACCAACCUCAUUGGGCCCUUCUUGGGAGCUUACCCCGCCACUGGCUCGUUUUCGAGAACUGCAAUCAAGUCCAAGGCUGGUGUCCGUACGCCACUUGCUGGUAUUUUCACCGCCGUCAUUGUUCUCUUGGCGCUCUAUGCUCUCACGGCAGUGUUCUUCUAUAUUCCCAUGGCUACGCUCGCAGCAAUCAUCAUCCACGCAGUCGGAGAUCUCAUCACCCCACCCAACGUUGUCUUCCAGUUUUGGGAGACUAGCCCGUUGGAGGUCGUCAUUUUCUUCCUGGGUGUCUUCGUCACAGUGUUCACAAACAUCGAGAAUGGAAUCUAUUGCACCAUCGCGGCGUCAUUCGCAUUGCUGUUGUGGCGACAACUCUUCACGCACGGUGCGCUCCUCGGCAAAGUCAACAUCUACCGCGCCACUCCUGAUACCGUUGCUCGCAAGGAUGGCGCAUACGGUCCAGGCGCCGAAAAUGCCAGCCGCGAGGCAUUCAUCCCCAUUGGCCACAAGGACGGUUCCAACCCUCAAAUCGACAUCGAGUCGCCAUUCCCGGGAGUUUUGAUCUAUCGAUUUACUGAAGGAUUCACAUACUUGAACCAGCAAGGCUACAUGGACGAGCUUGUUCACUUCGCACAGAGUAUUGCCCGGCCCACCACGCUCGAUCGCUACGCCAAGCUAGGUGAUCGUCCAUGGAACGACCCUGGUCCAAGGCGCGGAAAGCAGCUCAAUGUAGACGACAACCGUCCCAUUCUCCGUGCCAUCAUUCUCGACUUCAGUGCCGUGAACAACGUCGACGUCACAUCAAUACAAGGUCUCAUCGACGUUCGCGCACAGCUUGACCGCUACGCCACGCCAGAGAGUGUAGAGUGGCAUUUUGCAUCUAUCAACAGCCGCUGGACCAAGCGUGCCUUGACGACCGCUGGCUUUGGAUACAUCGAUCGCGAGCGUUUCGCAUCCCGGCAGCAUUGGAACCCCGUGUACAGCUACGCACCGCUCGACACACCCGAGCCAAGGAUCGGAGACGCCGAGGCACAGGAUGAAAUUCACUCUUCCGGACACAAGGGCUUCCCCUCCGGUAAGGUGACCACAGUCCAUGGCCAGAACAGACCAUUCUUCCAUAUUGAUGUUGCCGCGGCAGUGGAGAGUGCGAUUGCGGGGAUUCAAGCGAAAGUUGCGCAUGAGAGUACGGGGAGUUCCCGAGAGCACGUAGGAAUGACCGAGGUGCAGGGCAAGCAUGACUAG